AUGGCGGCGGUGCACGGCCAGGUGCCGUGCCUGCAUGCGCCGUGCGUGCUGACGGUGCAUGUGCGGCCGUACUACUCGGAUUUCAGCGUGCUGAAGCAGCUUGUUGAGAUGGACGAAUUUGGGUUCAUCAAACAUUUUCGGCCGUCGACCGUGCUGGAUGCAGGAGCCAACGUGGGCUAUGCGACGCUCAUAUUCUCCACCUUCUUCCCCAACGCUACUGUGGUCGCGAUAGAGGCGAGCGACAAGAACUACGAGGUGUUACGGCGUAACACGUAUCGCCUGCGCAACGUUUAUGCGGUGCAUGCGGGGCUGUUUAAUCACUCUGGAAUGGUGCUGCUAAGGAAUGGGACACAAACGAAAACGAGGGAGGGGUGGCAGUAUGUGGUAACGCCAGUGCCCUCUAAUAGCAGCGGUGACACAAACGAAGGUGAUACUAACGAGGAUGUUCAGGAGGGGGUAGAGGGUGAAGCGAACAGCAGCAACAGCAGCGGAGUGGCAAGCACAGGGGCAGCUGAGGGGGGCGUGACUAUCCGUGGUGUGACUGUAGGCGAUGUGCUAAAGCAGGUUGGGUUGGCGAGAUUCGAUUUUGUGAAGAUGGAUAUUGAGGGUUCCGAGGCUGAAGUGCUGGCCAUGCCCCCGUUGGCUGCAGGCACAGAUGCGACUACAUCGAAUGCAGAUUCCACUGCCUCUAGGGAAUCCAGCAGCAGCAAUGGCAGUGACAACAGCAGCAGCAGCAGUAGUACCAGCAGCACAGCUGAUGUCAGCAGGGAAUCUAAUUGGUACGACCCUAGGCCGUGGUUGGAUGAGGUUCGGGUGAUGGCAGUGGAAGUGCACGACCGCAUGAAACCGAAUUGCACCGUUACUGUAGAGGCUGCUACUGUAGCGCGGCAGUGGCGCCUGCUGGCACGAUCAGGAGAGUAUCUUGUGCUUGAGAAUGAGCGGUGGAGCGAGAGGAGGGGGAGGCGAGGAGGGGCGGUGGGGCAGAGAGCGGUAGACAGGGAGAAGUUGAGAGAGGUGCAGAGGAAGGAAGUGGAGAGGAGGAAGGAGGGGGCGAUGGCAGAGGGGAGGGCGCAGCAACGAGAGCAGGCAGCAGGAGCAGUAGGUCAGAAGACCAGUGGAAAAGCGCCCUGUGAGAAUCCUGAUAUCCGUUACCCUCCACAAGCGAUCCGAACGCGCACUCCUGUGCCUCCAUGCGGCACGCGGGGCUCCUAUCGCUCAGACCGGUACCUAGCAUGGGGGCAAGAGGGGGAAGCGUGGCUGUUUGAGCAUAAGGCAUGUGAACCUGCCAACACAUGCACGAGUCAGAGUCACUGUGCUCGUGCGCGUCAGUCGUGA